AUGAACAUUCGUGAUCAGUUCGUAUUGGGGUUAUACAGCGAAGAAAUGCGUUCGCGGCUGUUUGCGGAGAGAAACAUAGACUACGCGCAAGCUGUGGAGCUAUCAUUGGCGCUGGAGGCGGCGGAGCGGCAUGCGGGGGCGGCGUGCGCGACCGCGCUCAGCUCGAGCGGCUCCGGCGGCGCGGGCGCGCGGCUGGCUGACGACGGCUUGCAUCGAGUGAGCGCCGCGCGGACGAGGCGCGGCGGCGGCGGCGGCGGCGGCGGAGCGGGCGUGGCGGAGCGGGCGCGGCGGGCGCUGGCCCAUCGGUGCGCAACACGUGUCGGCGGUGUGGUAAGGGGCAACAUG